AUGUCAAAGCGUUCAUAUCCUAGUGGUGCUUCAAAAAGGCAGAGAGCAAUCGUAAAAGAUAUCAACGAAAAAAAAAUCAUAAAUUCUUUACCUAAGCUUACAGAUUUUUUUUCUUCUGUUCCUCCCAAAGAAGAAACUAAUUUAGUUUUACCAAUAUCCCAAGAAACGAUAACAAUUAACCAACAAUCACAAGUAUCUCAAAAUCCUACUUUAAGCCCUAAUAAAUAUUUCGUUGAUUCUCCAGAAACAGUUGAGGACAAUUCAUUAGUAUCAAAUGAUCCCGGAAAUUGGAAUACAUUAACUGAGGAAAAACGAAAUAUGUAUAUUAAAAAAGGUUCCAAAUUUUUUCAAAAUAAAGAUAGUGACUUUUUAAAUUCCACACGAAAUUAUACAGAAUCAAAUGGUAAAAUUAAAGUGAGACACUUAACCAAGUCAAUAUUCACUCGUCAACUAAAAAAUGGUGAAAAUGUCGAUAGAUCGUGGCUUUUAUAUUCUCCCUCGAAAAAAGCUUUGUUUUGUUUUGUAUGUCGUCUCUUUUCUUCUACAAAAACUGGAUUUAGUUGUGAACAAGGAUUUAAUGACUGGAAACAUGUUCAUACGGUUGUCUUGGAGCAUGAAAAUAGCUUAAUGCACAGAGAAUCUGUCAUGACUUUUUCUGUUAGGACCAAAAAUAAUGGUCGCAUAGAUCAAGAAAUAUCUUAUCAAAUAAACUUAGAAGUAAAUUAUUGGAAAGAAGUAUUAAAGAGAAUUGUUGCUGUAAUAAAAUUUUUGUCGUCACGAGGAAUUGCGUUUCGCGGAGAAAAUCAAAUAAUUGGAUCUCAACACAAUGGGAACUAUUUGGGCUGUUUAGAGUUAAUAAGCCAAUUUGAUCCAUUUCUUUUAGAACAUUUAAAUAAAUAUGGAAAUCAAGGCAAAGGAAAUCCUUCAUAUUUGUCAGCUAAUAUUUGUAAUGAAUUUAUUAACAUAAUGGGGAGACAAGUGCUAAAUGCAAUUCUUUCGGAAUUAAAAGUGGCUAAUAUUAUUCAAUUAGUGUUGAUUCCACUCCUGAUCUUUCUCAUAUUGAUCAAAUGA